GCUAGCCCUUCCUCCCUCCCGGAGUCCCUGUAUCGUGCCUCUCCUGGUAGCACCUUACUGCUGGGUAUGAAGAGGUUGUCUGUGCUGCUGGUGGACUGCAGGAAAACAACGGGGCUGAGUGGAACUGUGAGAGGAGGAGAAGAGAAGAAAGGAUCAGAUUUGACUCAUCAAAGAGAAAGACCAGACUCAGAGGAACCAGAGAGAGUGAAGUCCAAACCAGCAAGACACCACCUCUGCUCCCAGUGUGGAAAGAGUUUUAACCAGAAAGAGCACCUGAAAAAACAUGAGAGAAUACACACGGGGGAGAAGCCUUACCACUGCUCCCAGUGUGGAAAGAGUUUUACCCAGAAAAGCAACCUGAAAAAACAUGAGAGCAUACACACAGGGGAGAAGCCUUUCAAAUGCUCCCAGUGUGGAAAGAGUUCUGCUCACUUAUGUAAACUGAAAACACAUCAGAGAAUACACACGGGGGAGAAGCCUUACCACUGUUCCCAGUGUGGAAAGAGUUUUGCCCACUUAUGUAACCUGAAAUCGCAUGAGAGAUUACACACAGGCGAGAAGCCUUACCCCUGCUCCCAGUGUGGAAAGCGUUUUACCCACUCAUGUAACCUGAAAACACAUGAGAUAUUACACACAGGGGAGAAGCCGUACCCCUGCUCCCAGUGUGGAAAGCGUUUUGCCCACUUAUGUAAACUGAAAAUACAUCAAAGAAUACACACAGGCGAGAAGCCUUACCACUGCUCCCAGUGUGGAAGGAGUUUUACCCACUUAUGUAACCUGAAAAGACAUGAAAGAUUACACACAGUCUGAACAGUAGAACAUAGAUGUAGGCUGAACAUUUUUUGAGAAAAAAGUCCUUGGUCCUAGGGGGAAGAUCAGCUUUAAUAUUGAACUUAGAUUGUAGCUUCCAUCAAUGUAAUUGUCUACUUCAUUUCUAAUCCCCCAUAUAUGUUUUUGUGUAUAUAUAUAAUAUGUGUGUGUAUGUAAAUACUGAACAAAAAUAUGAACACAAAAUGUAACAAUUUCAAAUAUUUUUACUGAGUUCAAAGUUCAUAUUAAGGAAAUCAGUCAAUCUAAAUAAAUUCAUUAGAGGCCGAAUCUAUGUUUUUCACAUGACUGGUAAUACAGAUAUGCAUCUGUUGGUCACAGAUACCUUGAAGAAAUGGUUGGGGCACGAUCAGAAAACCAGUCAGUAUCUGAUGUGACCACCAUUUGCCUAUAGUUGAUUGUGGCCUGUGGAAUGUUGUCCCACUCCUGGGUAAAAUGAUCUGUUUAAGAGUCAUUAGUAAAGGGCACAUCGUUAAAGACUACAAUUAUAUUUUUGUUGCGUGUUCUAUAUCCUGUCAAUCAUAAACAGAAAACAUGUGUACAUAAACACGUGUGCAAGGGCCCCUUUAGGUUCA